AAAGCUGAAUAGACUGAGUAAAUUCAUGAGUUGAUGUUGAUGAAUCAAUAACAAAGUGUUCUGUUGAUCUCUACCAAAUCAAAUUUAAGAAUAAGGAAGUUGUGCCUUUGAACACAUUGGAACUCAACUGCAUUCAUGCAAUAUUGGAUGCAAAACUGGUAACGACCGUGUAUGGAGAUUGUAUUCUUCUAGAACUUGAAGAUAAUAAGAUUUUUUUACCAAAAAGAGCAACGUUGGUUUUGAAAGAACAUUUGGAUGAGCUGAACAGUCAGAAAUAUGGUAUCAAAUUUAUUGGAAUGAAGGAGAUCAUAGGACUCACAACAUCAACACCGCUGUUCCAGAUUGAGUUGAGGGAAUAAUGGAGGUAUGUGACAUUUCUCUAUUCCAUAGAGCUAUGCAACUUCUUGUUCGUGAGAAAGACAUAAAUAUAAUAAGAACUUGGAUACGUUUGAUAAAUAAGCAUAUUUGUUUAUUCAAUAAAAAUAUUGUCAAUAAUGUGGAUCAUGGGCAGAAAAUCAAAAUUCAAACAGCUUUAUGUCAUUUGAAACGAUAUAAAAUCCAACUGAAAUCUUCUAUUAAUUAUAAAAGAGCCGGAAUCAGUAGAAAACGGAGCGAUCGAGUGAAAUGGCAAGAUGUUUGUUCAUCUUUCAAGUGUCGGAUAAGAACAGGCGUAGUAAUUAAUUUAAAACAUAUACUUUUCACUGAAUUUCUACAAGAUGCAUUUCACCUCUUAAAACGAAGAGUACAAAUUGCUUAAAAAAAAAAAUGAUAUUGUUAAAAUUAAUACUGUUUUUUGUGGACAAUUUAUUAAAAAAAGAGGUGAUGAAGAACUGAUAGAUUUCAAAUAUUUUCCAACUAAAAAUGAAAUUAUCGAUAAAAGUACAAACUUGAAGGAGUGGUAUGAAAAAAAUGUAGUAGAUCCAAUAAACAUCAAACUCCAAUCGUUUCAAGAGAAAGAAAGUGGAUUUGCACUUCAUUCAAUAGUUGCAUUAGAAGUCAAUAUGAAUAAAGUUGAAAUAGGAAAUGGUGGAAGUUCAUUUAUACGUUUACCUGAAGAAAUAGCAUGCAAACGCGCUUGUAUAAAUAUUCAAAACUAUGAUGAUGAGUUUUGUUUCAUGUGGAGCAUCAUCGCAGGUUUAUAUCCAACAUCUGACUCACACAAUUAUAGAACAUCGUCCUAUCCUCAUCCGAGAACUAUCUUCAAAAUUAAUGAUAUUGAAUUUCCAAUAGCAUUUAAAGAUAUAUCUAAGUUUGAAAAACUGAAUGAAUUAUCAGUAAACGUGUUUUCUCUGCAAAUGGAUAAGCAUAAAAAAUUCACAGUAAUUCCCACACGCAUUUGUACUUCGAAAAUUCCAAAUAAACAUGUGAAUUUGCUACUCAUACAGAAUUACUAUCAACCUGAAAAUGUUCGAGAAGACAAUUCAAUCGAUAGGGAGAUAAAAUACCAUUUUGUAUAUAUAAAAAAUUUAUCCAGACUAAUAGCAGAUCAAGUGAACAAACAUAAAUGUAAGCUAUGGAUAUGUGAUCAAUGUUUGAAUUAUUUCUCUUCUGAUGAAAAGUUGAAUAACCACAUCAAACUGUGUUCAAAACAUCAAUCCUGUCGCAUAGAGUUUCCAGAAAAAAGUCAUAUUUCUUUCACUAACUACCGUUAUAAACAAAGAAGCCCCUUUGUUUUAUAUUGUGAUUUUGAAUCUUAUUUAGAACCUAUGAAUGAAGUGAAAUUCAAUUCGAUUAGAUAUCAAAAACAUACGGCUAUAAGUGCAGGAUUUUAUUUGAAAAGUAUGUAUGAAGAAUUAAUUCCCUCAUUUUUCGACAGUUAUACUGGUGUGAAUUGCAUGGAGUGGUUUUCUUCUAAAUCAGCAGAAUUAACAGACACUUUAUAUCAAAAAAUUAAAUUUGUGGAACCUAUGAAUUAUUCAUAUGAUGAUGAUGAUGAUUGUGAUGAUAAAACUAUUUGUCAUAUAUGUAGAAAAAAAUUCACACCAGACGAUAUUAUUGUUAAGGAUCAUGACCAUUUCAAUGGAAAAUACAGAGGACGAGCCCAUAAUAAAUGUAACCUGAAUUACAAAAAAAGUUUCGUUAUUCCAGUAGUGUUUCACAACCUUGGAGGAUAUAAUAAUAAUAAUAAUAAUAAUUGACUUUAUUCCCACAAAACAAGAUCAAUACAAAUAAUUUUACAAAGAAAAAAAAUAACCUCGAAAAUGUGAGAAUAGGCGGAGUCCAGUGAUGCACCUAAGUACAUCUUCAUAAUAAAAGAACUAGCAAAACGUGGUUCUGUUUCUCUUCUACCUUUGAAUAUGGAGAAAUAUAUUAGUUUCACAAAAUAUGAUUCUGAAACAAAAAUACAGCUUAGGUUUAUCGAUAGUUUCCGUUUUUUGAACAGUUCACUUGAAAAUCUAGCUUCAUAUUUGAAAUUAGAUCAGUACACUGAGUUGAAAAAUCAAUUUUCUAAUUUGAGUGUAGACAACUUGAAAUUGUUAACUAGGAAGGGUGUUUUUCCAUACGAUUACAUAGAUAGUAUAGACAAAUUAUGUGAACCCUGUCUGCCAUCUAGAGAAAAAUUUUAUAAUCAAUUGAAUUAUGAUGGGAUAAGUGAGGAACAAUACCUUCAUGCUCAACAGGUUUGGUCCACAUUCAAGUGUCAUACAAUGAAAGAUUACAUAAUGCUAUAUCUUAAAACUGAUAUAUUACUUUUGGCUGAUAUCUUUGAACAAUUCCGUGAUAGUUGCAUUAAAGAAUAUGAGUUAGAUCCUAUUCAUUAUUAUACUUUGCCUGGAUAUACAUGGGAUUGUAUGUUAAAAAUCACGAAUAUUGAAUUAGAAAUUAUCAAGGAUAUUGAUAUGUUACUCUUCAUAGAAGAUGGAAUAAGAGGUGGUAUUAGUCAAUGUUCCAAUAGAUUAUCUCAUGCAAAUAACAAAUAUAUGGGAUCUAAGUAUAAUAAACAGGAAAAAGAAAAAUACCUGCUCUACCUUGAUGUGAACAACUUAUACGGAUUCGCUAUGAGUCAAUUUUUACCCUAUGGGGGAUUCGAGUGGGUUGAAACAAAUUUUGAUAUCUUAGGUAUACCUGAUGAUGCUCCUGAAGGUUAUAUAUUAGAGGUCGAUUUGGAAUAUCCUCAGCAUAUUCAUGAUCUUCAUAAAGAUCUACCGUUUUGUGCAGAAUCGCGGAUACCACCAGGUUCAAAAAUAAAACAACCCAAAUUACUAACAACUUUAUUUCCAAAGAAAAAUUACAUUGUACACUAUCGAAAUCUGAAACAAGCUCUUAGUCAUGGACUGAUACUCAAAAAAAUUCAUAGGGUCCUUAAAUUCAAACAGUCUGCCUGGCUUAUAUUAUAUUGAUAAAAAUACACUUCUAAGACAAGCUGCGUGUAAUGAUUUCGAAAAAAACUUAUUCAAAUUGAUGAACAAUGCUGUAUUUGGAAAAACUAUUGAAAAUAUUAGGAAACAUCGAACUGUUAAAUUAGUUAAUCAGUGGAAUGGAAGAUAUGGAGCGAAGAAUCUUAUUGCAAGUCCCUUUUUCAAAUGUAGAACAAUAUUAGAUGAUGAUUUGGUAGCAAUCGAAAUACAAAACCGACUACUUAUAUUUGAUAAACCAAUAUAUGUUGGAAUGUCAGUAUUAGAUAUUUCGAAGAUAUGUCUAUAUGAAUUCCACUACGAUUAUUUUUUACCUACCUUCAAGGAUUGUAUAUUGAACUAUGUAGAUACCGAUAGUUUAACAUAUGAAAUUAGUAAUCAAGAUCCAAACGAGCAAAUCAGACAAGAUUGUCCUACUCGAUUUGAUACAUCAGACUAUCCUCCUGAUAAUGUAUACAAUAUUCCAAGAGUGAAUAAAAAAGUUCUUGGACUCAUGAAAGAUGAAAACAACGGUUUGAUAAUGACAGAUUUCGUUGGAUUACGUUCAAAAAUGUACUCUUAUUGUGUAGACUCAAAAGAACUUAAAAAAAUCAAGGGAAUCAAAAAGAAUGUUGUGAAAAGUUUAUCAUUUAAUGAUUUCUUACAGUGCUUACUGAAUGAUAGUGUAAUGUAUAUCAAACAGAGAAAUAUAGUUUCUAAGGGUCAUAAUGUCUUCUCAGUAGAACAGAAAAAAAUUGCUCUAUGCUAUAAAGAUGACAAACGUUACAUAAUUCCACAUUCCCACAACACACUGCCUUGGGGUCAUUAUAGCAUUAAACAAUAAAAAUACUAUUUUUUUUCUUCCAUAAGAUGAAAUCAUUCAUCUGCAACAUUGGAGAAGGUGCCAUACGAGAUUACUUCAGCUUCCAACCUGAACUUGUUGAAAAAUUUAAAGAAGAAUUCCCUCUCGAAUUUGAAGAAGCUAACGACAUCCCUUGCAAAACGUGGGUACUUAUGGGUAAAUUUAUUGCCUUCUUAAAAGGUCAAGCAAAUUCAUUUCAUUCCAUAAAUCUAAUUGUGUUCGAUUAUAAUGAUGUUAUAUUGAACUACUUCGAGAGAAGCAGAAAAUGGAGAUCGAGAUCAAUAAAUGAAUUCAUAAUAUUCACCAAUCAAUUUCAAAGCGAAAAUUCAAAUUCAAAAUUAAGGGUUAGUCUUGCAAAUAACUUUCCAUUUAAAACAACUAAUUUUUUGAUAGAUGUUUUUUGUUAUGUAGAUCUUUCAUUUCUGCAUCAUUAUAGUAAAAAAAUGUUACAUUUAGAAUCAGGUCUAUCGAUUGAUAUCAAUUAUAGUUAUGAAUCUGAAUAUAACCGUCAAAAGGAAGACCACUUGAAAAAUAAUACAAUAACGUACAAUCCUCCUACACUGAAAUUUCUUUCUAUGUGUAAAAUCUGUACAAAUCUGGCCAUUCAAGAUACUCUUAAGCACCCUUUGUUAUAUGUUUUUAAAAUGAAAAGUAAUGAUUUGAAACCGUAUGUUACAGAAAUUGAUUUAAUGUGUAUGCCUCCAGCAGAUGAAUAAUAUCGAUACAAAAAAAUUGAUAUGAAGUUCAAGUUUUCUCACACCUUUUUUUUGAAUGUUGUUAUUAUUUCUAUUUAGAUUAAGAAUAUGUGUGUAUGUACCAAUAGUAAUUGAAACACCUUGUAAUGUUAAUAAAAUAUUUAAUAAAUAUAUUUUACAAACUCAA